ACUUCCAAAUCCCACAAAACACAAACACCUUCGUGCAAAGUUGAUUUGGGGAAAACCAGAGAUCUGUUUCUAACAGUUAAAUUAGUGAAAGAAAUUGAACAAAGUUGCAUCGGAAGAUGAGUUACAUCAACAGAGUGUGGAUGGCCGCCAGCGUCGCCGUCGUCAACGGCCACUCCGACCAAGGGCAGAAGCUGAAAUCCGGCCUCACCUCCCUCAACCACGGCAAGAAGCGCUUCUUCUCCGCCGGCCGCGACGCCGCCGAUCUCCGCCCCUUCACCGGCGCGCUCAACACCGAUAUGGAUGGGUUAGUUGCCGCCGGAGGCGGCGGCGACGAGAGGAGGGGGCAGGCCGACGAUUCCCUGCGGCAAGUUAUGUACCUGAACUGCUGGGGCCAGAGCUGAUCGCCGGAAUCCCGACUGCCGCACAGGGGCAGGAUUGUAAAUUCAGGUAGUCAACGAGUUGACUGGGUGAGUCGGAACGCGUGGUGGAGAGUUUCGGAGUCGACUCGCGUUGGCUGAGCCGCGGAAGUGAGUCGGAUCGGCCGAUCGGGCCUCCGGAUCCGGAUUUGGGGUGAAUUUGGUAUUGGGUUUUGUCCUUGAAAUGGGAAAUAUGGGAAGAUGGAGGACCCGUUUGUAAAUUCUGUAAAUUUUGUGAAUAAUGGUGACUUGUACCAUAGGCUUGUACAGGUGUACCCUGAAUAAUGGAAGGGCCAAUGAAGUUGACCAAAACAAACUUUUUUGUUA